AUGGAAAGUUUCCAACUUUGAAAAUUCUGCAACCUUAGUAGAAUGAUAAGAAGCAGACUGACUGCUAACAUGAGGAAGACCAGAAUAACAGUGAGCAAGCGGCCGCUGAAGAUGAAGGAGGACCUUUGUGGAGUGUAGAAUGGGUCACUGAGGAGGAGGAUGUAGUGACAUGAAUGCUGUGGAGAAAGUGGGUGUGAUCCAGAGAUAAUGACCAUUCCUGUUUGGGCAACACAGAUCACACACAUUUUGGGAUAAGCUGUGAAACUCAUACUGGCUUUACUGUUGCCCCAUCCCUCACCUGGACAGGUGUCCUCUUGCAACAUUUCAGACUCUACAGUAGAGGUCCUUCACUCCUCUUGGUUGCUGACUGAACUGAGGAACAUCUCUCGCUUCAAUGGAUUUACGUAAACGGGCUUGGAGUAUCUGUGCAGUGGUUGGCUUGGUACUCUGUGUCUGUGAACGUUCAUGCGGUGAAAGAAACUGGGAAGUUCCUCGUUUUGAUGGCUGGUACAACAGUUUGGGAAACCCAAGACGCGGAGCUGUCGGUUCACACCUUGUGCGCAUCGUGCCCGCGCAGUACUGGGACGGGGUCUACCAACCGGUCCAGGAACCGCUGCUGCCGAACCCACGCGGGCUUAGCAGACUGCUGACUGCUGGACCCUCCGGUCUCCCUUCAACACGAAACCAGACCGUGCUCUCUGUGUUCUUUGGUUACCAUGUUGCUUUUGAAAUAUUUGACACAAGAUCCCCUGGGUGUCCCCCUGAGUUUAUGAACAUCCCAGUCCCAAAGGGUGACCCUGUUUUUGACCCAACUGCCACUGGAGAAGUCCUGCUGCCUUUCCAGAGAAUGAUGUGGGAGAAAGAGUCUGGCCAGAGUCCUGGUAACCCUCGGAGACAGGUGAACUUGGUGACAGCAUGGAUAGACGGUAGCUCCAUCUACGGCCCAUCCACGUCCUGGUGUGACUCCCUCAGAAGCUUCUCUGGAGGGCUCUUGGCUUCUGGCUCUGAAUGGAACAUGCCCACUCAGGGCACAGAGCACAGUUUCAUGUGGAGUGCUGCUGACCCAACAACAGGAGAAAAUGGACCAAAUGGUCUUUAUGUGUUGGGCAAUGCCUGGGCCAAUGAGAACUUGUUCACGGCAGCAGAGGGGAUUAUCUGGUUUCGCUACCACAAUUAUGUCGCCACCAAACUGCAGGAGGAGCACCCAGAGUGGUCAGACGAAAUGCUGUUUCAAAACGCCAGGAAGACCGUCGUGGCCACAUUCCAGAAUAUCGCUCUCUACGAAUGGCUGCCUGGAUAUCUUGGAGACAAAAAGCUUCCUCCUUAUCCAGGUUACCAGAAGUUUGUCGAUCCAGGGAUCUCUCCGGAGUUUGAGGCUACUGCUGUGAGAUUUGGUGUCACUAUGGCACCACCUGGUGUUUACAUGAGGAACAGAACCUGCCAAUUUCGUGAGAUUGUAAAUGCAGACGGCAGCUUCUCUCCAGCACUGCGUCUUUGUGACAGCUUUUGGAAACGUCAGCGAGUCAAUAUGGCGACAGGUCAAGAUGUAGAUGACCUCCUCAUGGGCAUGGCUUCCCAGAUUGCAGAGAGAGAGGACCAUGUUGUCGUGGAGGACCUGAGAGACUUCAUGUACGGACCCAUGAGGUUCAGUAGGACCGACCUAGUGGCGGUGACCAUCCAAAGAGGAAGAGACUUCGGUCUGCGUAGCUACACUGAGGUCAGAGGAGCUCUGGAUCUCCCUCCUGUUAGUACAUUUGGAGACAUAAAUCCUGAGCUCAACAAAACCAACCCACAGUUGUUACAGGAUGUUGCAGAACUUUACGACAGAGACAUCUCAAAACUGGAGCUGUUCCCCGGAGGACUGCUGGAGUCUCUGGAUGGUCCAGGUCCGGUUUUCUCCACCAUCAUUCUGGACCAGUUUGAACGCAUUAGAAACGGAGACCGCUUCUGGUUCGAGAACAAACAAAACGGUUUGUUUACAGAUGAAGAGAUAAAGAGGAUCCGCAAUGUGACCUUUCAUGAUGUCCUGAUUGCAGUAUCGAGUGCAGAAGCCACGGAUAUACAAAGUAACGCGUUCAUCUGGAUGAACGGUGACCCCUGUCCUCAGCCCACACAGCUCAAUGCAUCAAUGCUGCAUCCCUGCACUAAAGCUACCACACUUAAUUACUUUGAUGGGAGCAAAGCUGGCUUUGGGAUAUUCAUCAUUGUUCUCUUCCUCUUCCCUUUUGUUAGUUUUCUAGUGGCCUGUAUGGUGGCAAAUCUCCGUAAGCGCAGGUACAGAAAGUUCCAGAAAAUAAAAAAAGUUGGGGACAGAGCGGAGGAGCCAGCUCUGGGAAUCCAUGCCUAUGAGUGGCAGAGCCGUAAAAAACCUCUGCAUCCUGUCAGCGUGGAGAUUGAUGACAAGAGGAGGCUUCAGGUCUUCGACAGAUCUGGGUCUGCUCACCGCUGCAUCAAUCUCAGCAACCAGGACUACCUGAAUGUCCUUUUGUCCAACAACCGUCACCAAAAAGCCUUGCUGCUCAAAGUUUCCAAAGAGUACGACCUGGUGCUGUUUUUUGAUGACGAGAGCAAACGCGCCGUAUUCGUCAAGCAUCUGCGCCCUGGGGUGACAGACACUAGGCAGGAGAUUAGAGUGAAGGAGAUGAAAGAAGAGGAACUGCUGAAGGAGGCUUUGACCAGAGAGCAGAGGGCUCAGAUUGUGGAAACUUUCAUUCGCCAUGCUUUCUCCCAGGUGUUGGAGAUACAGAAGCGUGACGCUGGAGACAUGAGUGGCGUUUCCCGCAAGAAAGCCAAAGAGGUUCUGGAGUGUGAGCUGGCAGCGUCAGAGUUCGCUGAUGCUCUGGGCCUCAAGUCUGACUGUUUGUUUGUGGACUCCAUGUUCACACUGGCUGAUAAAGAUGGAAACGGCUACCUCUCUUUGCAAGAGUUUCUCGAUGUGAUGGUCAUCUUUAUGAAAGGGUCUCCAGAAGAAAAAUCCAAACUCCUGUUCUCCAUGCAUGACAUCGGAGGAACUGGUUUCCUAUCAAAAGAAGAAUUUGCCAGGAUGCUCAGGUCUUUCAUUGAAAUCUCAAACUGCGCUCUGUCAAAGAGCCAAGCAGAGGACGGCAUCAAGGCCAUGAUGCAGGCCGCAGGCUUUGAUAAAAAGGAGAAAAUCACAUGGGAGGACUUCCAUUUCCUCCUGCGGGACCAUGAGAAGGAGCUGCAGUUUGCUCAACUCAAUGUCAAAGGCAUGGAGAAACAGGGGAAGAAGCGGCUGAGUCGAGACAUGAGAGUAUCCUUCAUCUGUCCAGGAAGCCUCAGCAAAAUGGAGGGACAGGAGUUAAGAAGACGGAAAAAGGUAGGUGUUAACACUCCAGAUGUCUAUGUGAAACCAAAGCGUGAGCAGUACAUCAGGAACCCAAUCCAGCUGAAGGUCCAGCAGUUCAAGCGUUUCAUUGAGAAUUACCGACGUCACAUCGUCUGCUUCAUCUUCGUUUAUGGCAUCACAGCAGGCGUGGCACUGGAAAGAUGUUACUACUACGCUUUGCAGAGCGAAUCUACAGGCAUACCUGAGAUUUCAGAGGUGGGCAUCGUGGUGGCACGUGGCACUGCAGCUGCCAUCUCUUUUCUGUUCCCCUACAUGCUCCUCACUGUUUGUCGCAACCUCAUCACACUGUGCCGAGAGACCUUCCUCAACCGAUACAUCCCCUUUGAUGCUGCCAUUGAUUUCCACCGCUUCAUGGCCAUGACCGCCGUCCUACUUUCAGUUGUUCAUACUUUGGGCCAUGUGGUCAACGUCUACAUGUUCUCCAUCAGCGACCUCAGCAUCCUGUCCUGUCUGUUCCCAAAAGUCUUCUCCAAUAACGGGUCUGAACUUCCAAAGAAGUGGUCGUGGUGGUUUUUUCAGACUGUCCCAGGAGUGACUGGUGUCUUACUUCUUUUCGCUUUUGCAUUCAUGUAUGUUUUUGCCUCACAUUAUUUCCGCCGCAUCAGUUUUCGUGGGUUUUGGAUCACACAUUAUCUCUACAUUGCUGUGUACAUUUUAACAGUUAUUCACGGCAGCUACGCCCUCAUCCAAGAGCCUCGUUUCUACAUCUACUUAAUCCCACCGGCGCUGCUCUUCCUGCUGGAUAAACUCAUCAGCCUGAGCAGGAAGAAGUCAGAGAUCCCGGUGCUUCGAGCUGAACUGCUGCCUUCCGGUGUGACACAUCUGGAGUUCAAGCGACCACAGGGCUUCGUGUAUCGUUCUGGCCAGUGGGUUCGUAUUGCAUGCCUGAUGUUGGGUACAGAUGAGUACCAUCCGUUCACACUGACAUCAGCCCCUCACGAAGAGACCCUAAGCCUGCACAUUCGAGCUGUGGGGCCCUGGACGAGCCAGCUCAGAGAGCUCUACACUGAGGAAAAUGUGCUUGAGCUUGGAGCCCUUCCAAAGUUGUACUUAGAUGGCCCGUUUGGUGAGGGCCACCAGGAGUGGACUGACUUUGAGGUGUCUGUUCUAGUUGGAGGAGGCAUAGGAGUGACCCCGUUCACCUCCAUCCUCAAAGACCUUGUGUUCAAGUCCUCCGCCAAGUCCAAGUUUCAGUGUAAAAAGGUGUACUUCAUCUGGGUGACUCGAACACAGCGUCAGUUUGAGUGGGUAUCAGACAUCAUCAGGGAGGUGGAGGAGAUGGACACCCAGGAGCUGGUCUCAGUCCACAUUUACAUCACUCAGGUUGCUGAGAAGUUUGACCUCCGCACCACAAUGCUGUAUGUGUGUGAGCGCCACUUUCAGAAGGUGUGUAACCGUAGUCUCUUCACUGGCCUUCGGUCCAUCACUCAUUUCGGCCGCCCGCCCCUGGUCUCCUUUUUGAGCUCAUUGCAGGAAGUUCACCCCAAGGUGGCUAAGAUUGGUGUAUUCAGCUGUGGACCGCCUGGACUGACCAAGAAUGUGGAGAAAGCUUGCCAGCAGAUGAACAAGAGGGACCAAGCCCAUUUUAUACACCACUAUGAGAACUUUUAACCUGUACUCUACUCAGAAGUACAAGUUACGAAAGCAAUGAGCUACUUUGAGGUGGAGAAUCUGAGUACUUUAAUAAUCAAUCAAUACUCUUUCACAGAGAAUCAUGGAGCUGAAAUGGUUUUGAUUUAAUGUUGUGCCUUGCAGUAAAAUGUUGUUGCCAACAGAGGAAUUGUUUUUCCUCUGCACACUUUUACUUUUUUAAGAUACUAAUUAUUCUCACAUUUAUUUCAAUCAGACUAGGAUGAGAAAUGUUAAAUUGUGCAGGAUGUCAUACAAAAUGUAUGUGGAGUCAAAUUGUGUUGCUAUUUAACCCUCCUGCUAUGUUUGUUUCUCUGGAACAGCAAUAAUAGUUCUGGGUCAAUUUGACCCAGGGCAUAUUCAAUUAUCCAAAAGUGUCAGAACCCCAAAAAAUCCCAAUACACAUUUUUGUAAUCAAAUUUUUAACUCCAUUACUAACCAUUUAAAUCAAUAUUUAGUGCAAUUGUGUUCUUUAUUUCACACAGAUCACUGUACCAUGAGGAUAACUCACUCGUUUUUCAUUAAAAUUAAUGUUAAAACUUUUUUGAAUUUACAUUGGAAAGCCCUAAAUAUAAAUACAAUAGUUUCAAGUGAUGUUGAUAAAUUAACACAACACAUCUUCUGUCACAUGCUGCUCAGAUUUUUAUGCUGCAUUUAGCUGGUUUGGAAGGCAUAUAUUACCUAAAAUAGACUUUAAAAAGGGUCAAUUUCACCUGAAACAUAACAGGAGGGUUAAACAUAACUUGAGACAGCUGCUUCUAUGAGGAUUGAAUUAAUAUUUAUAAGUUCUUCUGUUUUGUGUAAACAGUCUGAAAAAAAGUAAUAUGUCUUAACAACUGAAUUGUGACACUUAAAUAUCAGCAGGAAGUGCCCUCAAUCCCACAAACUCUUUGAAGUGCCAUACCCAGCUCAUAGAUAUUACAGCAGCUUUGAAUGUUGUGUCUGUUGGCUCGCCUUUGUGUUAUAUAAGGACCUGUGGGGUUUUGUGCAGAAAAUGUUUUAAAAUUAUGCUGUUGGCUUCUUCUGUUGCUUUUAGCUUUUGGACAAACAUUACACUUGAAUUACUUCAAACUACUUAAUUUGAUUUGUUGGUUGAGUGAUAAGCCAGACAGCUUCUCACCCCAAAAGCAGAAAAACAGGUACAGAGAGACAUUUAUUUCUUGGUGCAUUAUUAUGUUAUGAUGAUUAUUAUUUGGAACCAAUCCUUGUCAUUAUUUCACCUUAAAAACGACGUUUUACUUUUACUUUGUCACAUUCAAUGAGCGCAGCUAACAGAAAUAUUGUGUCACACAGCCCCAGAUCGGCCGCUUGAACACGUUUAUUUGCUGAUUAAAUAUGCAGUUGAUACAUUU